CUAUAUAAGCACGGCACAAGGCACAGACCCCCGACAUAGAUUACGCCACAUCUCUCCCACCCUCUGCACCCGGAGAGAGCAAAACACUCAGGCGGCCAUCAUGAAUCAGCAACAGAUGAUGGAUCAGAGAGGGCAGUGGAGGAUCACUGUCUUCGAGGAGGAGUACUUCCAGGGCAAGCGCUGCGAGUUCUCGCUCGAGUGCCCCAACAUCCUGGAGAGAAACUUCCAGAAGAUCCGCUCCAUCAAGGUGGACAAUGGCCCCUGGGUGGGUUAUGAGUACCCUGAGUUCCAGGGCCAGCAGUUCAUCCUGGAGAAGGGUGACUACCCUUGCUACGAGGCCUGGAGUGGCAACAGCAGUUACCGUACCGAGCACAUGCUGUCCUUCAGACCCAUCAAGUGCGCUAACCACAGCGACAGUAAGGUGACCCUGUAUGAGUGUCAGGACUUCCAGGGACGCAAGUUUGAGAUCUGCGACGAUUACCCCUCCCUCCAAGCCAUGGGCUGGUGCAGCAAGGAGGUGCCCUCCAUCAAAAUCAACUCAGGAGCGUGGGUGGCCUACCAGUUCCCCGGUUACCGUGGAUACCAGUACAUUCUCGAGAGAGACAGACGUCAGGGCGAGUUCAGAAACUAUAAUGAGUUCGGUACCCAGGCUCACACCAAUCAGGUGCAGUCUAUCCGCCGGGUGCAGCAGUAAAGGCCCGCCUUUAAUUUAUCCUCAUUGGCUACUAUGUACCCACUGUUAGCAUGGCAUGGCAUGUGAUAACGUAGGCAAUAAAAUCUUUAUUCAAAACUCCAGAAAAAGAGUGUGCUUGUCGCCAUUCCUUUAACUUCGAAUACGCAUUAGGGAAUGAUAACAUUUUAAAAAAAGUUGUAGCCCGGGGAAGAUGUUUAUUUAUUAUUUAUUUUUUAAAUCAUACUUAUUUAAAUUAAGUUAUACUCCUAAACUAACAGGCACUGUCAUCAACUUCACAAGAAAGGCAAGAAUCGCUGUUCGUAAAUUAAUGCAAUGACUGGAGAUGGUUGAAAUCACAGCCGCAUUUAUUUAACAGCAUUUGUACCUAUUUAACAGCACAAUGUACCUUGUGUUUUAGAACACAUUUCACAAUGAUUAAGACUUUUUUUUAUUUUGUGCAUGUUAGGAAUAGAAUGUAUAUUGUUCCUGUCGGAUUGUAUUUUAUUUUCAAUAAACACGAGCAAGAGAUCACCGCU